GAGUAGKAAGGGKYCUYUCUCUUCRGCACGCUGCCCGUGGAGAGGAGCGAGAGCACGGCUACACUUGCACACCGACACCCACUCGAGAGGGUAGCCUUCGUAGAUGUGGAGGUGGUUGUAGAGGUUGCUGAAGAAUUUGAAAACGAAGACUUGAAGUCCUCCCGCCUGCCAGUAAGGAAGAAGAAGCUAGACGUCGAAGCUGAUCACAAUGGCGCAACCAGGGUUCCCACCAGUCCCCUCCGUUGCCACCAUGGCGGCCCUGCUGCUGCUCGCAUUCCUAACGUCGGCUAUCCAUGGACAAGCUGCAUCCCCGGAAGCGGGUACGGUCAAGAUCUCGGGUUUCGAGUACGCAGGUGAUGGCUGCCCGCCAGGGUCUGCGGAGGGGGCAGUAUCGGAUGACGGAGAAGUAAUCACUGUGAUGUUCAACAAUUACCCUGCGUCGACAGCCAAUGCCUGGGACGGUAUGCGGAGGAGGUGCACGGUGACGAUCAAUCUGAGCUAUCCGCCAGGUUUCAUCUUCGGCUUGGGGAUGGUCACUAUGCACGGAUACGCCAAGCUGGACGCGGGCGUGACCGGCGUCGCUCAGACCAGUCCCAAUAUGCCCUGGACACCAGGGACGGCUGGAGCCAAGCGCGUCAUCGCCGACCCUUUCGAUGGUGACUUUGAGUUCACAGACGAGUUCAGCGGGCAGGCGUACAGCGUGUGCAACGUCGUCAGAGACCUCCACCUCAACUUCGAAGUGCGGCUGAAUCCUGGGAAUCCACCGAAAAGMGGCMUGAUGACCGUGGGCUCUCAGGGUCUCAACCUAACGCAGGAGUUCGCCAUCAGCUGGGCGUCGUGCUAAGCUCCGGGCGGCGAUCCAACAUCGUCAGCUUUCCAGCGUGCCACAAGUUGC